CGAGCUGCGACAAACUCCUGCCUUUGUCUGGAACCGCAGGUCAUCCCACGUAAAAUACAACAGGGAGCGGAAUCGUCAGAUCUUGAUCUUGCACCUGGGGCCCUAAGGUAGCGAAACUCAUCAAAAAUAAUGCGGAGUAAACAAGACCUCGCCCAAUAAGGGGAAGCUGUGGUCAAAAGCUUUUUGUCCCGGAACCCUCUGCCCUCCCCGGACCCUGGACGUGGAGCCCAACAAUAGGUGUCUCUCGGUUGCUGCGCUUCUCUUCAUUUUCUUCGAGAUCUCAUCCGGUUUCUAGAUCUACCUGGGGAGAAUGGGGGCCUCUUCUCCAAGGAUCCCAGCGCCUGUGGGGCCCCCAGCACCCGCUCUGGCUCUCUGCUGCGGAGGAGCCCCGUUGGCGGUCCUGAUGCUGCUCGCGCUGCCGGCGGCCCGGGGUCAAUGCAAGCCCCCAGAGUUCUUUUCAUUUGCCAAGGCUAAAAAUCUAACUGAUGAAUCUGAGUUUCCCAUUGGGACUUCUUUGAAGUAUGAAUGUCGCCCUGGUUAUAUCAAGAGACAGUUUUAUAUCACCUGCCAAGAAAACUCAGUCUGGACAAAUGCUGAAAACAUGUGUAAACGUAAAACAUGUAAAAAUCCCUCAGAACCUGUGAAUGGCAUGGUGCAUGUAGACUCAGACACACGAUUUGGAUCCAGAAUUAAUUAUUCUUGUAAUAAAGGGUACCGACUCAUUGGUGCCUCCGAUGCUGUCUGCAUCAUCUCAGGCAGUACUGUGGUUUGGGAUAAUGAAGCACCUAUUUGUGAGAGAAUUCCUUGUGAGCCACCUCCAGCCAUUGCCAAUGGAGAUUUCAAAAGCUCUAACAGAGAAUAUUUUCUUUAUGGAAUGGUGGUGACCUAUCAGUGCAACGUUGGAGACAGAGGGAGAAAGCUGUUUGACCUGGUGGGAGAGCCCUCCAUAUAUUGCACCAGCAAUGACAAUCAAGUCGGCAUCUGGAGCGGCCCUCCCCCGCAGUGCAUCGUACCUAAUAAAUGCACCCCUCCACACAUUGAAAAUGCAAUAAUGCUAACUGGCAACAGAAGCUUAUUUUCCUUAAAUGAAAUCGUGGAGUUUGGGUGUCGGCCUGACUUUGUCCUGAAAGGACCCACCAGGGUGCAGUGCCGGGCCCAAAACAAAUGGGAGCCGGCGUUACCAAGCUGCUCCAGGGUAUGUCUGCCACCCCCCAAAAUUCUGCAUGGUGCGCAUACCCCAAGCAACAAGGAUAACUUUUCCCCUGGGCAGGAAGUGUUCUACAGCUGUGAGCCUGGGUAUGACCUCCUAGGGGCUGCUUCUCUGCGCUGCACACCCCAGGGAGACUGGAGACCAACUGCCCCCACGUGUGCAGUGAAAUCCUGUGAUGACUUUGUGGACCAACUCCCCAAUGGCCGUGUGCUAAUUCCACUGAAUCUCCGGCUUGGAGCAAAAGUGACCUUUGUUUGUGAUAAAGGGUUUCAAUUAAAGGGCAGUUCUGCCAGUUAUUGUGUUCAGAUUGGGAUGGAAAGCCUUUGGAAUAGCAGCGUCCCUGUGUGUGAACAAAUCUUUUGUCCAAGUCCUCCUGUUAUCCUUAAUGGGAGACACUCGGGAGCUUCUCUGGAAGUCUUUCCUUUUGGAACAGCAGUGACUUAUACAUGUGACCGCCAACCAGACAGUGGGAUCGCCUUCAGCCUCCUUGGGGAGAGCACCAUCCUCUGCACCAGUGACCACCAAGGGCACGGAGUUUGGAGUGGCCCUGCUCCUCGCUGUAGACUUCUGGGUAAAUCAUGUAAAACUCCUUCAGAUCCUACACAUGGCUUGGUGCAUGGAGACUCAGACACCCAGUUCGGAUCCAGAAUUAAUUAUACAUGCAAUAAUGGGUACCGACUCAUCGGUCACUCCUCUGCUGAAUGUAUCAUCUCAGGCAAUAUCGUCAAUUGGAGUACAGAGCCACCAAUUUGUGAACGGAUUCCUUGUGAGCCACCUCCAGCCAUUGCCAAUGGAAAUUUCUUUAGCAUCAAUGGAGAAGAUUUCCAAUAUGGAAUGGUGGUGACCUAUCAGUGCAACGUUGGAGACAGAGGGAGAAAGCUGUUUGACCUGGUGGGAGAGCCCUCCAUACACUGCACCAGCAAUGACAAUCAAGUGGGCAUCUGGAGCGGCCCUCCCCCGCAGUGCAUCGUAUCUAAUACAUGCACCCCUCCACACAUUGAAAAUGCAAUAAUGCUAACUGGCAACAGAAGCUUAUUUUCCUUAAAUGAAAUCGUGGAGUUUGGGUGUCGACCUGGCUUUGUCCUGAAAGGACCCACCAGGGUGCAGUGCCAGGUCCGAAACAAAUGGGAGCCUGCGUUACCAAGCUGCUCCAGGGGAUGUCAGCCACCCCCAGAAAUCCUGCAUGGUGUGCAUACCCCAAGCAACAAGGAUAACUUUUCCCCUGGGCAAGAAGUGUUCUACAGCUGCGAGUCAGGGUAUGACCUCAGAGGGGCUGCUUCUCUGCGCUGCACACCCCAGGGAGACUGGAGUCCGGCUGCCCCAAAAUGUGCAGUGAAAUUAUGUGCUCCAUUCCCAGGCCAAAUCCCUCAUGGUCAUAUGGUAUUUCCACUUACUUUACAGCCUGGGGCAAAAGUGAUCUUCAUCUGUGAUGAAGGGUUUCGAUUAAAAGGCAACUCUGCUAGUUAUUGUGUCAUGGCUGGAAUGAAAAGCAUUUGGAAUAGCAGUGCUCCCGUGUGUGAACAAAUAUUUUGUCCAAAUCCUCCAGCUAUUCUUAAUGGGAGGCACACAGGAACUUCUUUGCCAGGUAUUCCCUAUGGAAAAGAAAUAUCUUAUACAUGUGACCCCCAUCCAGAUAGAAGGAUGACCUUUGACCUCAUUGGGCAGAGCACCAUCCGCUGCACAAGUGACCAUCAAGGCAAUGGGAUUUGGAGCAGCCCUGCCCCUCGCUGUGAGCCUUCUGUUCCUUUUGCAUGCCCACAUCCACCCAAGAUCCAGAAUGGACAUCACAUUGGAGGACAUGCUUCUUCAUAUCUUCCUGGGAUGAUGGUCAACUAUACGUGUGACCCCGGCUACCUGUUGGUGGGAACUACCUUCAUUUUCUGUACAGACAAGGGAACCUGGAGCCAAUUUAAUCAUUAUUGCAAAGAGGUAAAAUGCAGCCUCCCACCAUUGAAUGGAGUCCGGCGGGAGCUGAUAAUGAGAGAAUAUCACUAUGGCGAUAACAUAACUCUGGAGUGUGUGGAUGGAUAUACUCUGCAAGGCAGUCCACGGAGCCAGUGCCAGGCAGAUGACAGAUGGCACCCUUCCCUGGCCACAUGCACAUCGCGCUCACGUGUUGCUCUCAUAGUUGGCAUUUGCUUUGGUAUGAUCUUCUUCAUUUUCUCCAUCAUUGUUCCCAGUUGGAUAAUUCCAAAGUGCAAGAAAGGCAAUAAUCCAGAUGAAAAGUGUAAAGAAGUGAAUAUCCAUUUACAUCCUCAAGAAGGCAGCUGUGUUCCUCCUCAGACUCUGCUAACAAGUCAGGAAAACAGCAGUGUCCUUCCUUGACAAAGUAUUAUAAAGUUUGAGAAACCUCCAAUUACCUGUUGAUGGGAAAGGAGCCAGUCCGCUUCAAGAGAGUAAGAUCCGAGGUUCAUGAACCCUUUGAAGUGACUUCACAGAGAUGCAAACGUGUGCACCCGAAGAUGGGAAAGCUGUCCAGUGUUCAGCAGAACUCGACCUCUUAGUCUGCAUUCCUCUCACCCCUCACCUUCUUUCCUGUGCUGAAAGCACACAUCAUCUAGUCAGGGUACCAGACUGUACUUAAAUAUGGAAAAUUGUUUCAAUUAUUUAAAGGAAGAUGUUGUCUAGGGGUUCUGGUUUAUAAGUUUGUCAUUUUCCUUUCUUAUUUUGAAAUGUUCAUGAUAUAGAAUGAGCUUGUUAAGGAGAAUUUGGAAAAUCAGGAAGAUAUGAAAAUUAAUGACUUAUUAAUAAGUCACAAGUCACAUUUUCUGCUAAUCAUUUUCUAUACACGUGUUUCUUUAUACAGACACAUAUAUCUUUAUUUUAUAGAGCAGAACCUACUCCUUUUAACAGAUUGAAGUAAAAUGCAUAUCAGUUUUCACCUCCUCUAGGGAAGAAAGCAAUUUUUCUUCACUGAAAAGGUGCUAAAUGAUUAUGGGGAAGAGUGGUCAAGACUACUCAAAAGAAGUAUCUAGGAAAAACAAAUGAAGUUCUUUAUAUUUUUUAAGUUCUACUUCAAAAACCCACUUUGUAACAUGUUUUGUAUAAAAGAAAAAUUUUAAAUAAAAGAAUAAUAAUUAUAAAAGUAACUAGUUUACUAGAAUGUACUAGAUUAACUGAAAAAAGUACAACUUUUAAGAAUUUAUCAGUGAACAGGUACUAAGUUACAUUCAAGAGGAGUAAGCUCUGGUUUUCUAUUGCACAGUAGCGUGACUACAGAUCUAAAAAAACUAAAAGAUUUUGAAUGUUUUCACCACAAAGAAAUGAUAAAUGUUUAAGAAGACAUAUAUGUUUACCUUGAUUUGAAUAUUACACAGUACAUACAAAUAUCCAAAUAUCAUAUGGUACCUCAUAAAUGUGUAAUUUUUAUGUGUCAAUUUUUAAAAAAGAUCUUAUCAAAUCAAUAAUCAUGCCUUGAUAUUUUAAAAUAAGUAGCCCUAUAGUUUUAACCAUUCCACAUCUUUAUAGAUCAAGAACUUGUUAUAAUAUUAUAGGUCAUAAUAAUAGUCUCUAGAAAAUACCGGAAUAUUUGUGAAUACUGAAUAAUAUCUUUGCAUAUGGCUACCACUAAUUUAUGUGUAAUUCUGUUUUAAUUGUUGUUCUAAAGAUCUAUUUUGCCAACUUUACUUUGACACCAGUAUAGGGAAUAAGCUAGACAUCAACUUGAAUUUCAAUUUAAAAUUGUGCAAGAUAGAAGCCCAGCAUAAGCAAAGUUCACUGAACAAAAAAAGAAAAAAAAAUAUAUAUAUAUACAUACACACACACAAUUUAUACCAUAGACAAAGGGAAAUUGCCUUAUUAUUUUAGAAAGUUCUUAAAUAUUCCAGCCAACCCUCCCACCAAAGAUGGGCAAACCACAUACAGCCAGGUCACCAAAAAAAAAAAAAAAAAAAAAAAAAUAAGAAG